ACAGGUAUUGCAAGGCGCGUCUUUGUUUCGGUCUACUGCACGUAUCGGCAAGUGGGCGCAUACUCAGCACUAUGGGGAUUGUAGACAGGAUAAAGGAAAUCGAGGAGGAGAUGGCCCGGACCCAGAAAAAUAAAGCCACGGAGCACCAUCUGGGCGCCCUGAAGGCCCGUUUGGCGAAGCUUCGGUCCGAGCUCUUGUUGGAAACUGGGAGCAAAGGACCUGGGGGCGCUGGUACCGGGUUUGAAGUGGCCAGGAGUGGGGACGGGCGUGUGGCGUUGAUCGGCUUCCCCUCCGUGGGGAAGUCCUCCCUUUUGAAUACCUUGACCGACACGGAAUCUCAAGCCGCCGCCUACGAGUUCACCACGCUCACGUGCAUACCGGGCAACAUUAUCUACAACGACACCAAGAUUCAACUGCUCGACCUGCCGGGAAUCAUCGAAGGCGCAGCGCACGGGAAAGGGCGUGGGAAGGAAGUGAUUGCCGUGGCCCGCUCCUCGGACCUCGUUCUCAUGGUCCUGGACGGAGGCAAGGAGCAAGUCAACAACCACCGUGCCAUCCUCGAGCGGGAACUCGAGACAGUGGGGCUCCGGCUGAACAAGAAACCGCCCAACAUUUAUUUUAGAAAGAAGAAAGACGGUGGGGUCAAGUUUAACUCGACGGUGCCGCUCACACAGCUGGGGCCCGACCCGGCCUUGACCGUCGGGCGCAUCCUCUAUGAAUACAAGAUCCACAACUGCGAGAUGCUCCUGCGGGAGGACGUCUCCACGGACCAAGUCAUCGACGUGAUCGAGGGCAAUCGGAAAUACGUCAGGUGCCUGUACGCCUACAACAAGAUCGAUACCAUCACCAUCGAGGACGUGGACAGGCUGGCUCGGGAGCCUGACGCCAUCGUCAUCUCCGUCCGCCACAAGCUCAACCUGGAGCGCCUCCUCGAACGCAUGUGGGACUACAUGGGGCUAAUCCGCGUCUACACGAAACGGCGAGGCGCCCCCCCCGAGUUCAAAGAGCCGCUCGUCAUGUCCAGUGAGAGGAGAGGAGUGACUGUGGAAGUGGCUUGCGAGAAUAUCUCCCGAGCAUACAUUGGAGGAUGA